AUGGUUAAAGCUUGCUGUGUUAAAAUUUGUUGCAACAAAGCACCUGGUUCAUUUGAUGCCUCUGUGUCUAAGACUACCUGUCAGUGUGAAGACGUAUUGAAACACAAUAUUCCACAAACAUUCAUCAUGGAAGUUAUGAUCGCAAUCUUGUUUCUGAUUUUGAUGGUACAAAAAACCUGCAAGGGUGAAAACCAACGGUUCAUCGAAAUAUUCUACUUGGCUGAAAACCGAGCCUUACUGAAUCAUAUGUUUCAGUGGGAGACGGUAUCUUCAGUUGUGAUCUGUGGGCGAGACUGCUCUCAAGAUCCACAGUGCGCAUCAUUCAACUAUCAGACAAACAACAUUUGUAUAUUGAAUAAUGCAAGCAGAGCCCACAGCCCAGAUGACUUUCUUGAGAUUCAAGGAAGUGCCUACUAUGACGACAACGUGGAUACUCUGUCAUGUUCACUACCCAGCAUUACACGCUAUAUCAGUUGCCUAGAGUUGUAUCAAGCUGGUUACCGCAGCAAUGGUCUACACAUCAUCUACCCUACGAGUCUGACUAAUGGGUUAAACGUCUACUGUGAUAUGGAGACAGAUGGAGGAGGUUGGAUCGUGUUCCAGAGAAGACAAGACGGAACUGUUGACUUUUACCGUACCUGGGCUGAAUACCAAUCUGGGUUUGGUGAUCUGCAGAAUGAGUUCUGGUUGGGGAAUAACAUCCUGCGUGACCUUACUGGAUCAGGACAAUGGGAGCUCAGAGUAAAUAUGGAAGAUUGGCAGUCCAACACAUCUUGGGCUUCUUAUGGUGAGUUUGCUGUUACGGGUGAACAGUACACUCUCGCCGUUGGUUCAUAUGAUGCUCAGAGUACAGCAGGUGAUUCAAUGACACCCCACAGUGGCUAUUCAUUUACAACGAAGGAUCGGGACAAUGAUAUAAGUGGCUAUAAUUGUGCCGAGGACCAUGAAGGUGCCUGGUGGUUUAAUUACUGCGCUUCAGCUCACCUGAACGGUAAAUACUAUCCACCACAAAAAGCGCCACUUGGUCAAGGAAUACAAUGGUUCCGGUUCACAGGAAUUGACAACUCCCUGAAGAAAUGCAACAUGAAAAUACGGCAAGUUUUGUAA